AUGGCGGCAUUCACCCUCCUCGACCCAGCCGAAGAGGACAAGCUCCACGCGACACGCCUCCUCCCCAUCGAAUACCGCGCCUUCACACGCCUGACCGGCAAGCUUCUCGGUCCCAAAACACCAUAUCAAGAAUUCCUCCGCCUACGUGCGCCCACCACCAUAGAAGAUAACAACACCAACGCAGACGAGACCGGCGAGCCAGAAGUCCUCACCGAAACCACCACCACCACCACCACAACACCCAGCAACCGAGAAUCCAUAUCCCAAAUCCUCUCCACCCUCCCCAAACACCGCGCAACCCUCCUCAACGAAUUCUCCCUCUUCACCCGCUCCACAAUCCAACGCAUCCACCUCCUCCACUCAGCCAACACCACCGAGCGCGCCCGCUACCAUUCCGAAACGCUCGCCAUCAGCGACAAAGCCGACAGUGUUCGCUCCGAGAUCUCCCAUUUGCGCACACAGCUCGAAACAGCGCAGCAGACGUUGGCGAAGCGGAAAGAGUGGGAUGUCCUAGCGGAUAAAGUCACCGGGGAUAGGAGGUUAAGGGAACGAGGAGAACAGCAUGUGGGGAUAGAGCGGUUGAAGGGGGAGAUUGAGGAGUUGGAGCGGGAAGGUGGAGAGUUGGGGACGGUGUGGGCGGAGCGGCGGAGUCAGUUGGAUGUUGUGGUUGGGGAGGCGAUGCGGUUGAGGCGGCAGAUUCGGGGUGAGAAGGAGCCUGGGGCGGAGGGUGAGGCCGAGGAGGAUGGAGAAGAUGAGGUGGAUGACGAUGGCGGUAUGCCGCGGAGCAACAUCGGGACCCCUAGGCCCGGUGAGGAUGACAAUGGCGGAGCAACGCCUUUGCCGGAGGUGGGGAGGAGUAAUGUCGGCACGCCGAUGAUGGGAACACCACGGAUGGGUGCUGGCGGCAGCGGAGCAUUACUCGAAGUACCCGAGAUGAGUGUGCUGCCUCCGGCUGAUGAGAUGGACACAUCGUGA